GAGAGCCUUCCAUCACAUUUGAGUGUGUGCUUGCUUUGUGUGCUGCUGGAACGCCAUAACAGUGAACGUGAUGAACAGUCGCUCCUGUCACCGCUCAGGAUCUUUAUUAUAGGACGGGAAUAAAAGGAACGCUGUGACCCGCAAACCCGCAUCAGAGGUCGGACAUCCGGAAUGAAACGCUGUCACUGAGGAUUAUUACUUUACUCCGAGUUUGACUCCAGGUGUGGUGGCAUGGCCUUGUCGUUUUGCGGCAACAACGACAUCAAGGCCUACAGCGUGGAGUAUGGCGUGCUGAACAAUGGCUGCUUCGUGGACGCUCUCAACCUGGUCCCUCAUGUCUUCCUGCUCUUCAUCACCUUCCCCAUCCUCUUCAUCGGUUGGGGCAGUCAGAGCUCUAAAGUUCAGAUCCAUCACAACACAUGGCUUCAUUUCCCCGGACACAACAUGAGGUGGAUCCUCACCUUCCUGCUGCUGUUCGUCCAUGUGUGCGAGUUCGCAGAAGGCCUUGUCUCCAACAAUAGGGUGAUGUCCAGCAACCACUUGCAUCUCUUCAUGCCGGCAUUCAUGGGCUUCAUAGCAGCGACGACAUCAGUGGUUUAUUACCACAACAUAGAGACGUCCAACUUCCCCAAAUUACUGCUAGUCCUCUUCAUCUACUGGGUUUUGGCGUUCAUCACAAAGUCCAUCAAGCUGUGGAAGUUUGCAGAGUAUAAGGUCGGUCCACAACACCUGAGGUUCUGCAUCACGGCACUGUUAGUGAUUCUGUACGGACUUCUGAUGGCCGUGGAGAUCAACGUCAUCAGAGUCAGGAAAUACGUCUUCUUUGCCAACCCUCAGAAGGUGAAGCCACCGGAGGAUUUGCAGGAUUUGGGCGUUCGUUUUCUGCAGCCGUUUGUCAACUUGCUGUCCAAGGCGACAUAUUGGUGGAUGAAUCCUCUCAUCAUCGGAGCCCACAAGAGGCCGAUUGAGCUGAAGAAGAUCGGCAAGCUGCCCAUCGCCAUGAGAGCGCUGACCAACUACCUGAGGCUCAAAGAUGCCUACGAGGAUCAGCGGACGGCCGAGGACCCCGAAAGAGCGCCGUCGAUCUGGCGCUCCAUGUACCGAGCGUUCGGCCGUCCGAUCCUGCUCAGCAGCACCUUCCGCUACCUGGCCGACCUGCUGGGCUUCGCCGGGCCGCUCUGCAUCUCUGGCAUCGUGAAAUACCUGAAGACGAAAGAUGAAGUUGCAACAGCAGACAAGAUGAAGGAGACCUACUUGGGCGUCUACUUCAUGUCCUCCACAGAGCUGCUGCAGAACAGCUCGGUUCUUGCCAUUCUUCUGUUCCUGGCUUUGGUCCUGCAGAGAACCUUCCUGCAGGCUUCCUACUACGUUACCAUAGAGACAGGCAUCAACCUGCGAGGAGCUCUGCUGGCGAUGAUUUACAACAAAAUCCUGCGUCUGUCCACCUCCAACAUGUCCAUGGGGGAGAUGACGCUGGGGCAGAUCAACAACCUGGUUGCUAUAGAGACCAACCAGCUCAUGUGGUUCCUCUUCCUGUGUCCCAACCUGUGGGCCAUGCCUGUACAGAUCGUGAUGGGAGUGAUCCUGCUCUACUAUUUGUUGGGCUGCAGUGCUUUGGUUGGAGCGUCUGUCAUAGUUCUGUUGGCUCCAGUCCAGUACCUCAUAGCUACGAAGCUGGCAGACACACAGAAAAACACACUGGAACACUCGACAGAUCGUUUGAAAACAACAACAGAGAUUUUGAAAGGCAUAAAGCUGCUCAAGCUGUAUGCCUGGGAGAACAUCUUCUGUGACAGUGUGGAGGAGACCAGAGGCAAAGAGCUCACCAGCCUCAAGACCUUCGCUUUCUACACAUCCAUGUCCAUCUUCAUGAAUGCUGCUAUCCCCAUUGCUGCUGUUCUCGCGACUUUUGUGAUGCAUCACUUCAUCAAUAAAACCGGCCCGAGUCCUUCUGAGGCCUUUGCAGCUUUGGCCUUGUUCCACAUCCUGGUCACUCCUCUUUUCCUGCUUUCCACUGUGGUCAGAUUUGCUGUGAAGGCUCUGGUCAGUGUCCAGAAGCUCGGCGAGUUUCUUCAGAGUGAUGAAAUCGGAGAUGACAGCUGGAGAAACGGCGACAUAUCUGUUACCUUGGAACCCGGAAAGAAACACCUGGGGAUGACCAAAGCCAUCAACAGGAAGCAGCCGAUGCGCUACCAGAUGGACAACUACGAGCACCCGACCAGGCGGCCGCUGAGACCCACGGAGACGGAGGACGUGGCUGUAAAGGUGAGCAAUGGAUCCUUCACUUGGGGAAGUAACCUGUUGACGCUGUCGGACAUCAACAUCCGCAUCCCCACAGGUCAGCUGACGAUGAUCGUGGGCCAGGUGGGUUGUGGGAAAUCCUCUCUGCUGCUAGCCAUGCUUGGCGAGAUGCAAGCCAUUGAAGGAAGAGUCUACUGGAGCAAGCUGCCUGAUUGUGAGAUGAUCAACGAGGGGAACAUAAGUUGGUCAGAGACAGAAGAGUCUGACGAAGACAUCAGGAGCAAGAACAGAUACUCUGUGGCCUACGCUGCCCAGAAGUCCUGGCUGCUCAACGCCACAGUGGAGGAAAAUAUCACCUUCGGCAGCCCUUUUAACAAGCAAAGGUACAAAGCCGUGAUUGACGCCUGUUCUCUGCAGCCGGAUAUCGACCUGCUGCCUUUUGGAGACCAAACUGAGAUUGGAGAGAGGGGCAUCAACCUGAGUGGAGGCCAGAGACAGAGAAUCUGUGUGGCCAGAGCUCUGUACCAGAACACCAACAUCGUCUUCUUGGAUGAUCCCUUCUCGGCGCUGGACAUCCACCUCAGUGAUCACCUGAUGCAGGAAGGAAUCCUCAAGUUUCUGCAGGAUGAUAAACGAACAGUGGUCCUCGUCACCCACAAACUGCAGUAUCUUAUCCACGCUGACUGGAUCAUAGCCAUGAAGGACGGCUCUGUGCUGAGAGAGGGAACCCUGAAGGACAUCCAGACUCAUGACGUUGAGCUUUACGAUCACUGGAAAACCCUGAUGAACAGACAGGACCAGGAGCUGGAGAAGGACAUACAGCAGGACAGUCAAACAACACUUGAAAGGAAGACGCUGAGGAGAGCUUUCUACUCCAGAGAGGCCAAGAACCAAAUAGAUGAUGAGGACGAAGAGGAAGAAGAGGAGGAGGAAGAUGAUGACAACAUGUCCAUGACCACCAACAGACGAUCAAAGAUCCCCUGGAAGGUGUGCUGGUGUUACCUGUCCUCUGGUGGCUUCUUCAUGGUCUUCCUCAUGGUUUCCUCCAAACUUCUCAAACACUCCGUCAUCGUCACCAUUGAUUACUGGUUGGCUCUCUGGACGUCCUCCAAAACCAACCAGAGUGCAGAAGAUGGAUCGGACAUGUUUAAUGGAACCAGCCCAGCUUACAUCGGCAACGCCUCGCUUCCUACGCCUGGUGCUCCCGAGGCCGAGCAGGACUCCUACUAUCUUACGGUGUUCAUCAUCCUGUGUGCAGCUGGAAUCACUUUAUGUCUCAUCACAUCCCUCACUGUGGAGUUUCUGGGUCUUUCUGCAGCCACCAACCUGCACCACAACCUGCUCAACAAGAUCAUCCAUGCUCCCAUCAGGUUCUUUGACAUCACUCCUUUGGGACAAAUUCUCAACAGAUUCUCAGCUGAUACCAACAUCAUUGACCAGCACAUCCCUCCAACGCUGGAGUCUUUGACGAGGUCCACGCUGCUCUGUUUGUCGGCCAUCGGGGUCAUAGCCUCCAUCACUCCUGCUUUUCUGAUCGCCUUGGUUCCCCUGGGGGUGGCCUUCUACUUCAUUCAGAAGUAUUUCCGGGUCGCCUCCAAGGAUCUCCAGGACCUCGAUGACUCCACUCAGCUUCCUUUGCUCUGCCACUUUUCUGAGACUGCUGAAGGUCUGACCACAAUAAGAGCAUUCAGACAGGAGGCUCGUUUUAAACAGCGUAUGUUGGAGCUGACAGACACCAAUAACACAGCCUAUCUGUUUCUGUCUGCUGCCAACCGCUGGCUGGAGGUCCGAACGGACUAUCUCGGAGCAGUGAUUGUGCUAACGGCAGCAGCAACGUCAAUAUGGAGUUUACGAUAUGGUUUACAGGCUGGAGGUCUGGUGGGCCUCGGACUCACCUACGCCCUCACUGUCACCAACUACCUGAACUGGGUUGUGAGGAACUUGGCAGACCUGGAGGUUCAGAUGGCAGCUGUGAAGAAAGUCAACAGUUUCCUCGGUACAGAGUCAGAGAACUACGAGGGAUCUAUGGAUUCCUCUCAGGUGCCCGAGAACUGGCCUCACAACGGCGAGAUAAAGAUCCAGGACCUUUGCGUUCGCUACGAUCCGAUGCUCAAACCGGUGCUCAAACACGUCAACGCCUAUGUCGAGCCGGGCCAGAAGGUUGGGAUCUGCGGUCGGACCGGCAGCGGCAAGUCGUCCCUGUCAUUGGCCUUUUUCAACAUGGUGGAUAUUUUCGAAGGGAAGAUCAUCAUUGAUGGGAUUGACAUCUGUAAACUUCCUCUGCAGACUCUCAGGUCGCGACUCUCCAUCAUCCUCCAAGAUCCUGUGUUAUUUAGUGGAUCAAUAAGGUUUAAUCUGGAUCCAGAGAGGACGUGCACCGAUGAUCGACUGUGGGAGGCGCUAGAGAUCGCUCAGUUAAAGAACAUGGUGAAAGCGCUGGCUGGAGGACUAGAUGCGGUGGUGACAGAAGGUGGAGAGAACUUCAGCGUUGGCCAGAGGCAGCUCUUCUGUUUGGCCAGAGCAUUCGUCAGAAAGAGCAGCAUCCUCAUCAUGGACGAAGCCACAGCAUCCAUAGACAUGGCCACGGAGAAUAUCUUGCAGAAAGUUGUGAUGACGGCGUUUGCAGACAGAACAGUCGUUACGAUCGCACAUCGCGUCCACACCAUCCUAACAGCCGAUCUGGUCAUUGUGAUGAAGCGAGGAAACAUCCUGGAGUACGACAAACCCGAGACUCUUUUGGAGCAGGAGGACGGGAUGUUCGCUUCGUUCGUUAAAGCUGACAUGUAGAAAUGCAGUCAGUCAGCACGAACAACAACUGACAGACUGCGCAGUUUGUUCAUCUGCAACUUUUUUAUCGUCUUGACGAGGCGGACAAACCAGUGAGACUCCAGUGACGCCAAUAACACACUAUGUUUCCUAAACGAGAAGCUUCCCUGUUGGUUUGGUGGGAGAAAAAACCUUCAGAGUCGAAUGCCAGUUAGUGUGUUUAAACAAACGUUACUUGAAACAGUGAGUCUGUUAAAUAAUGCCUUUUUAAGAUUUUACAUAUCUACCCACCAUUUAUUAUUCAACUGAUCAUUGAGUUUUUACAGUUUUUACUCUGACAUUGUAGGAAUUUACCAAUCAAACUGCUCAGUGAGUUAAAUACUGGAGUAACUCAAGUAAUUAUGCUGUUGGAUCAGUCAGGAAUCAGAGUGACAAUGGAAACAAGAAGCAUAAAAAUAAAUAUUUUCAAUGACUAGAUCGUAGCUUAUAUUGAUUUUAAUAUGGGUUCACCCAAAUCACAAAGAAAUUUCAAUAAAAAUCUGAGUUUUCUUGACCAGAUUUUGAGAUUUCCACCUUUUCAAUGCAAUAAGCAGUAAAGAAAUGUUUAGUUUCUGGUGCUCACAGUGUUGUGAAAAGUUAGAUUCAUGAUCACGUGUCGCUGUGAAGUGCGAUCUAGUUGUGGAAUAUUUACAGCAACAAACCCUGCUGCUAUAGUGUAGUUAACCACAAAUGAAACUCCACUCACUUCCAUUGUAUUGGGGUAUUGGCAGUAAUCUCAGAGACGAAAAUUUGGCGAUUUUGGUGCGAGUUUAACUUUUCGGUUGGAAGAUUGAAGCCGAUUCCAUCUUUCCUGUGGUCCAGGAUAAGUGAUAUGCUGAAUUUAAAGCAGCCAACAGAGAAUAAUUGUGUUUUAUUUCUGGUUAUUACAGUUCUGUGUCUUUAAAAACUCCUGAUUUGUGAGGUCAUACUGGGAUAAUAAUAAAUAAAUUAGUUGAAAAUCAGUCACAGGUCAAUUAAGGCGAGACACUACAGGCAGAAACUUAAUGUUAUUGUAGUUUUCUCUGGACGCUUUUGAAAUUUUGGAAUUUUUUUCUCCGACUUCGGAGUCAGAAAUCUCCACUUCAGCACCACUUUUAACUUUACAGUUUUAUUCCUGACUAUAUUCUGAAAGUUUUUACUGAAUUUUUUCUUCUUAUAUUAUUCACAGCGUGAUUUAUUGGACAUUUUAUUCCUAAAAACAUAUAUAUAUUUUUUUAUAUCUGUCCAGUGUUUUUGGAUUAUUGAGGAAUUAAAAGAGAUAUCUAAAGUCUUCUUUGUAAAAACCUUGACUCUAAUAUAUCAACAAUUCUGAAGUCAGUUCAGGGAAAUGUUGAGAUUCAUUUCCUGGAAAUGAUUGAGAAUUAUGUAAUGCCUCAUUUGCAGUAAGUAAUAAAGUCAGAUUGUUUCAUGGUGUUAUAUUCCCCUGUAGUGUCUCUCCUUAAAAGAAAACUAGAAUUUGUAGCUUUCUUGCCAUCAAAAAAUCCCAUUAAAGACCAAACCAGCAACAAAUUGAUCAUCUUAUAAACUAUCAACACACAGUAGUUUGUAUUACGUCAAACCUAUAAACACCAAAAUGCUGCCAUAAAAUUCAAACAAAUUUGCAUCAAAUAGUAACCCUCCUGUUGGUUUAGUGAAAACCACUGGUGGUUUAAAGAAAUAAUGUAACCUUUUAUUAAACUGUACAUAUUUGUGAUGAGGUUUUAAAGCUUUACUUUGAGUGGACUCGAGAUCCAGCUUUGUUUUGUUCGGUGCGAGUUGCAAAAUGGAGGAAGAAAAUGGCGAGGAAUGAAGAUAAGAAACCGAAAAAACACAGAAAACGUCAGAAGUUUGAGAUUAUUUUAUGCUAAAAUACUUCUAAAUUUCUGCACAGUGUUUCCAUUAUAAAGCCAAGCUAGCCCCCUACAGUAGCACAAUAUCAGUGUUUCAGCAUCGCAGCAAAAAUCCUGGUUUACACAUGAACCGACUCAUGGUCAUGUUAGCAUUUAGCAUUAGCAUUCAAUAAGUAUGACUUUUAGCUGAAAUCCUAGACUGUGCUGUAUAUGUGUAUAAUACAUAUAUAUAUUAAAUAUAUGGUCUGUGGUUGAGAUGAAGGUGAAUAAAUUGUAGAGUCGAGUACAGAAGACUUCAGGUUCUAUUAGCAACUAGCAGUAUGCUAACGGCUAGCCUAGCUUGCUAACCAAAGCUAGCCAAGCUGUUAGCUUUCAGAGCCACUAAAGCUGAUUUUACUACCAACAGUAAUAUAAAUACAAGAUGGAUUUGUCUAUUUAGCUUGACUUCAGUUUAGCGUUAUCAACUCACAGGCUAACUAGCUAACCGCUAGCAGACGUCUCUGGUGAAGCAACAGUAUUUCUUAUUUGUAGAUUACAAAAAUAGUAAAUAGAUGCAGCUUUAAUUGAGGGACAGAUUCGUGCAUUGCUGGUUUUGGUCUUUUUGUGGGAUUUAUGGACAGUAAGAAAAAUGUAGCUUCAUCCAGGUUCUAAAAACUGAAAUAAUGGAGUUUAAUUUCAGGUUCUGUGGCAGUGAAAACUGUAGAAUUUAAGAUGAUAUGUAGAGAAUAGUUUACUGAAUAGCUUGAGCUCUUUUUAUAUGAUAGAAUUUUGAAAGUCUUUAUCUUGUGUAAAAAACUGUUACCAUUUAUAUGCACCAUUUCUGUAUCAGUACAUAGUUUUUUGUUUUUUUUAGCACUUCUAUUAUGCAAUUAAUAAGGAAGGGAGAAAUAUAUUGUGUUUAAAAUCUGUGCCAGUGAUUUAAAACAUUGCAUUGUGCAGUCUCCGCCACUGGAAAGGAUUUUAAAUGUUAAUAUUAUUGUUCCUGGUGUGUUCUGUGCCACAUUUUGAUGUUAAGUUCUGCCAAAGAGGUACAACUGAGAGAAAUGACAAAGUUGCUGUGGUCGCUUAAUGCCCACCAGAGGAAACGUUCACAUCAUGCCAGAAGCUGAAGAAAGGCGAGAUGAUAAGGAUUAAAAUGUUGAUUUUUGUUUAACAAAUGAAAUCAACAUCAGUAGGGCCAGGAAUCACCACCAGGAGGUUGAUUCGUUUGUCUUUUUUCCUAAUUUUCACUGAUUUAUGAUGUCGGCUUGGAAAAUCCACGUCUUCAACAGUGAAAUGAAACUGUUAAAGUGGAAGAACUUCUAGAAAAUCAAGUAUUGGCAACAAACUUUGGUUGGUAGAAGGUGGAAAAAGACCAGAAUUAACCCAAAAUGUGCUUUUUCGCACGUUAAAUGCUUCAUUGGGCUCUAUAAAGAGUCAAAUCACUGCAGAAUGCAAGUACAAUAUUUGUGUUCUCAUCAGUUCCAGAGUUUUUAAACUAACUAACAAAUGCUUGAUUUGAUUACCGCCAUGUUUUCUAAUGGUUUUCAAUGUUUUUAGCAUUGCUAUGGUAGCUGGUAUUGACUUCUGCUAAUUUUCAAUGUGAAUCCAUUGAAAGGAGACCUGUUUUGCUGAUUUCUAGCUCUGUAUUGUUAUAUUUCUUUUAUUAGACUCUGCUGGAGUAGUUUUUGUAUAAUUCACAGUUUAAUAAAUCGCUGUUUAUCUUAGACUGGCUUCAUGCAACCUUUCAGUUCAUCCUAGUCUGCAGCAAAUAAUCAAUUAGUUGUCAACUAUUGCACAGCUAUUUUGAUGAAUAGUUGCUUAAUUUGAGUAUUUUUUAAAGAAAAAAAAAGUCUAAAUUCUCUGUUUCCAGCUUCUUAAAUGUUGAUAUAUUCUGGUUCCUUUGAUUCUAUUUGAGAGUAAACUUAACAUCUGUUGGGUUGUGGACAAAACAAGGAAUUAAAGGAUGUUAUCUUGGGCUUUGAGACAUAUUACAGAACCAUUUUCACCAUUUUCUGACAAUUAUAGUCCCAGCAACUCGAUUAAUUAGUAAUUGAAAGCAAUCAACACGUUAAUCCACAAAUUUACAUUAUUGUUAGUUGUAACAGUACCCUAAGAGCUCACUUUCUUCUGAUUGGCUCACUUCUGGAAGCCUGUCGAGUGUCAGCAACCAGUUUUUAAGCUGCACUGCCUGUACGUGAGUUUUAGUUUUUCAGAUUAGCAAAGACUUGAUCUGCUCGACUGCCUCUAAUUCACAGAUCCUGAAAGUUUUGCCCAAACUCUAACCAGUUCUUACGUACCUGUACUUCAUAGUUGGACUGUCUCUGUAGCAAAUGAACAAAUAAAAAACAUGACAGAAAAAUCUGAAACUUUAUCUCACUAUUUUAAACUUUGGCCACAUUUCCAAUUAGCAUUGAACAUUUUAACAUCAUAUAUUUGACAGAAAAUGAUGAAAAGGUCUCCUUUAAGCACCGAUUUGUUGGCGCAACAAAGCAGUAUGUAUACUCUAUGUAUUUAAUCAUGUUUUUGGUUGUCAGAUUGAGCCUGUGAAGAAAAAUCUAUCGAUUAGAUCAACAGAAAACCAACAGGUUGCCUCUCAAACUCUUCAGCAGAUAAAUACCUGAGUUAAAUAUGAACAAACACGAGUCCUAAAGCUAAAGUUUGGUUUUGUUUCUGGUCUUCUUCCUCCGUCGGUUUAUUUCUGUCCUACUUUAGUACAAACACUGUCAGGUGUCUCGGCUGCAGCCGCUGAACCUGCUGUCUGUCUGUCGUCAUGCUUUGCUGAACUUAUUAUCGUCGGGACAAUAGACGCCAAACAGGAGCUCCUUUAACUAGAGAUGGUUUAACUUGGAGGUUUUGGAGGGAUUUGUUUGUUUUUUCUAGAUGCUGAGGAAAGCUUAAAAGCUAUCAGUCGCUUCCAGUUCCUGAAAGCAUUCAGCUAAAACUUAAAGCUGCAGCUAUUAGAACUUUUUGUUGCAACAGUCAAUCAAAUUACAAACCCAAAGGGAUUUAGCACUUCUGUUGAGUAUUUUAGCCCUUUUAAGCUCAUUGUUUUUAUAUUUUUCAGCCACCAGACAAUGUUAGCAACUAGUUCAUGAAGAAAGUGAGGCAUCUAGCAGCUAAACAGUCAGAUGUCUUUAAUCAGGAGUCGGUGGAGACCAAAGUCGAGCUCAUAAGAGAGUAAAUGUUGCACUUACUUAGCAGGUGGACUGAUAAAGUUACAGAUUAUGGAUGUGUUUGCUAAUGUACCUUUAAAAUAUGGUUUGAAGUCAGAUGUGGUUUUAGUUCAGUCUGCUGCCUCAAAAAAUACAACUUUAAGACAGGGAAGUUUAAAGCUAUUUUUGGACUUUAGUCAAUCAAGAUUAUACAAUUAUGUACAUUAGGUUUUUCUAUAUACUGUUUGCAUGACUUAAACUGUUAGAACUUCGUUUUUCUGUCAAAUUUUGGAAACACUGUUAAAUAGCAGGUACAUUAUUUUUGCAUCCAAAGCAUGGAAGCAUUUUUAUUUCUGUGAUCCUUUUCCGUUUUUGGUUUUUGGUGUUGGCUAAUGAGCAGAUUUUAUGCAGUUCAAGAAAAAAAAACACACUUAGGUAGAGAGUUUAAAUGAGAAUUUAAAUGAAAACCACAGACUAUAACUCGACAACCAGCAGCUGGUUAGCUUAGCUUAGCUGUUCACAAGUAACAAAAUCUCCCUGCCAGCACCUUUAAAAUUCGUAAAAUAAUAAUAUUUAUUCUCAUUUGUUUAAUCUGUUCGAGCAGUUUCACGGGAAAAUAUGUGCCAAAAUAUUAAAUCCUGAGUAAUUCAGACAACCAAUCUUUGCCAAAUUAGUUAGCAACUAUGUUUGUUUACUGUCCUCUAUCUGAAUUCACAAAGGAAAAUCACAUCUGGACAAAAUUUGGAGGGAGGUUCCAAAGAAUUACAAGAUUAUGCACAUUAAGUUAUUAGAACAGUUAAGAUUCUUCCUGAAAAUUGUCAUUUUUAAAGAGUUUUCCAGUACAAAUGUGAUUCGGUGUUGUUAAUUGACCAAAUUUAAGUGAAUCUAGGCUAAAAAAUACUAGGAUUCCAGUAUAACUCGCUGUAUUCACUGUCCAAAACUUCAAUUUCCCAAACACUGAGCUCAUAUUCAUCCAGUCUCUCCAUCCAUCUCUUCUGUCGUCUCAAGUGUAGCAAUAACUAAUAAUCACCUGAAAGAUCUCAGAUUAUGAGAUAAUAAAUCUUAAUUAUAAGACAAGUUUCUGUAGCUGCAUUAUAAAACGAUUCAGUGGAUACAAACUUUUUCUAGAAUCUCUCGUCUCUGUGGGAGCGGUGCUAUUGUCCCGUUUGUGUUAUUGUAUACUCAAGAUACUUACUUAGCUUUUGGGAGAGGUUUUAUAAAUGAACUGUACUGUACAGAAUUAAUACAAAACAGAAUAUUGCAGCAUUUAAAAUGUAAAUAUAUACACAUAAAUAUCGUACUCUUCAUCUCAAUAAGCUGCCACUUUCCAGCUGGUGGGUUUUCCAAACUUUUCGGAGCUGAGAUGUUUAAAUAUCUUCUUUUUCCAUCUUCUGCGUGUCCACUGCAGCUUCUCCAAGUCCUCCUUCACCUCCUUGGUUAAAGAUUUAAUGCUGCUUUUCUUCUUUUAGCCAUAAUUCAGCUGCCUUUUAGUGUCUUGACUGUUAGUUUUUUUCUUUAGCUUGCUGCAUGUUUCAAAUCUGUUUUCUUGCAGCUUUUGUGCACACUGCUGCCUUGUAAAGUCCACAAAUCAUAAUCAUCUCUAAACAAAAUCACAUUAUCCUUAUUUUAUUUACUGUUUGAUGACAACAAAGACAGAUCUGUGUUUUUAUUUCUCUGUAUUUUAAUCUUUUCCUCUAAUGUUAUAGUUUGCUUUCACUUUCUGCUCAAAGAUUGUCUUUUUCUAGCAGAUUUCAGAUUUUUUUUUCUAGUUUUAGGGAACAAACAACACAAACUUCAUGUUUUAAAUGCAGCAAAUGGGUGGGAAUUUAUUUGCGUGUAACAUUAUGCAUUCAUUGUCAGAGCUAUGCAGAUCUGAAUGCACAUCCGACUGUUGAAGAAUACAACUUAAAUGUGGUUUUUAAAGGUGCAGGUCAAUUUUUAAGAGGUUUUUUAAAAAUUCUAAAUGUCUGUACAUUGUGUAUGUAUUCACCUGAAUAUCGACGGGUUUUAAACAUACGUAGAAAACUAUUAUUAUGUGUGCCUAAUUUCUUUUUUUACACUUGAAAUGAUAAUAAAAUGGUUUUGAGUGA